GAUUCGGAGUCGGCGUCGGCAUCGGCCGAAGGGUGCAUGCACAGACAAAUGGAGGACCAUGUGGGGGAGCGCUUAGGCUUGAGCGCGAACCCACCCUGGACCGGAUCGAACGUCGUCGCCGCCGCCGCGAUGUCCAUGGGCGACGCGAGCACGACGAGCAAGGUCACCCAGCCCUCGGGCUCGGAUCAUGGCCUCCCCUCUCCCCCAACGCUCUCGCGCCCCUUUCGGUCACGCAAGAACAGGCCGUGCGAUGCCUGCCGACGAGCAAAGACCAGAUGCGCGAUCCCCGCCGCAGGACCACCCUGCGUGGAGUGCCAACAGACCCGCAAACAGUGCACGUUCGAUCAGCUUCCCCCCGAGCGUAAGAAGCCAGCCAAGCGCCCCGGCUCCCCCGUCAGCGGCAGCGUCUCGCCGGGCGGGCCCUCGUCCAUCGACAAGCGGCCCCGCGUCGUUUCAAGCGCCAGCAUGUCCGGGCAGGAGAAUUCUAAUGGGCUCGAUGCCCUCAUCCAUGCCGCCUCCCGAGAAAAACGUUUGGCCAUCAGCCCCUACCCAGAACCAAUUUCCCUUGAUUUAUCCACUCCAGAUGCGCUCGAGCCGCACGUCAUCACCGCUCUCCUCACCGACGAUCUCCUACCCAUUGGCGCGAAGCAGGCCGGCCCGGACCACACGCAGCUACCGGAGACGUCGUACAUACGGCAGAUAUCCACUGUGGGCUCGAAGCCGCAGUAUAUCAUCUUCACCCAAAAGCCGAAGAAAACACAGGAUACGAAUCAUCUGGCACGAGAGGCCUUGCUACGCCUUGACUCUAGCCUUCAGCUCCUACGGCCUCCACCGAAUGAGCGCCUCCUGCAAGAUCUCUUCUUUGCCCACUUCAACUCCGCCUUCCCCCUCCUCGUCCCACACCACAUCAACCCCAACGAUCACCCCUGCUUACUCGUCAAGCUCUACCUCACCGCGCUCAACCACACCCGACAAUAUCGCCACGCCGCAAAGGCGGUACGCCGGCUUGUUCACAAUGGCGCUUCUUCCUUCAUUGAGAACGGGGCGCCCCUCGCGCCGCGGCUGCAUAGCAUCGCUGGUGCGGUCCUCGAACUCUCUGGUCGCCCAGUAUGGGACGCGGAGGCGCGAUAUAUCGCGCUAUCAAGGACGAUAGCCCAGGCGCAACUGAUGGGCCUGCACAUUGAUCCGGGGAACUGGGCUAUCCCCGCCUGGGAGAAGGAGCACAGGCGAGUGCUCUGGUGGACGCUGCGCAUCCACGAUGGGUGGAUGUCAUUCCUCAACUCGCGGCCCUCGCAUCUGCAGCUGGACAAUACGAAUGUGCCGCUACCGGCGCUUCCGUCCAUGCUUGCGACGUCCGCACCAUCAUCACCCUCGUCUGCACCCUCACCCAGCGGUCCCUCCAUAAAGGCGGAGCAUCCGGAUCAGGUCUCUCCGGCAUCCAUUCGGUCUUUACAGAGCUUCCUUUACCAGUGCCGCAUUGGUGCCCUGGUGAACCGCCUCCAGGCCCAGGUAUCGACCCUCACAGCGGCUACGCUGAUUACCAGGGAGGAGAGAUUACGGAGGGUACAGGAUCUCGAAGCCGAUGCUGCAGCACUCCUCGACGAGGUCAAGCUCGAAUGGGAGGAGUUGGGGAUCGGAGUACCCGGACGGUCUCCCAUGAAGCCGUCAGGUGUCGCAUGUCUUAUGACGACUCUUCUCUGUUUUCGCUGCAUGCUUCGAAGAGUAUCUAUCGAGCUAUAUAUUGGUCUUGGAAGCCCGUUUGUUCCAGACGACGACACGCUUACCAUAUUCGCCGACGCGGUGGACUACUUCUGCCUCUUAGACGGCUACGACUUCGAUAGCUUCUGGCUGUGCCACAUCGGCCACAUCCUCUCCUCCGUCACCUCCUCACUCCUACGCCUCUCACUCGCCAUGGCCUUCAACCAUCAGCAGCAAGUCCAGCAGCACCUCCAGCAGCAGCAACAGCGCGCGCAAGCCGAGGGCCAGCCGCGUCCGCCAAUACCUCCGCCCUCGUCUUUCAUGACGCAGGCCUCCGCGCGCACCUGCCCCAUCGUCCUGCUCUCCCGCCUCCGCAACGCCGUCCACUUCGCGCGGCAGGAGCACGACUGGGACCUCGCCGACGCAAGCCUCCAGCGCACCGCGAGCGUCGCCCACUGCCUCCAGCAUGCCGACGAAUACGCGGGCAUCGUGAGCGCGCUCCAGGGCCGCAUCGCGCUCGGCGCGAACUGCGGGCUGCACAUCCACCAGACUGCGAGUGGCAGCAGCGGUGCGGAGUCGAUGCUCCUGGGGAGCAGCGCGGGCGCGGGGAGCGUGCAGAUCCCGGGCGCGGGCCCGAUGCAGGGCAUCGACCAGAGCGCGUGGAAUUUGGACCUGAGCGCGCUCGGGCUGGAUUGGGGCUACGACGGUGGUUUCGAUUCGUGGGCCGGAGGUGCGCCGCGAAUGGGUAUGGGUGGCAUGGGCACGGGCGGGAUGGGCUCAGGCAUGGGUCAGGGGAUGCCUCAGGUCAUGCCGACUGGGGGUCCCUCGCCGACGUAUAGCCACAGCUCAGACCUGCGCCGCGUCGCGCCAGAUGGGAUGCACAUGGAGGAUGGGAUCAGCAAUUGAAGGUGGGCGGACUGGCAGACCUUGUCAAGGGAGUAUGACGACAAGGUCUGCCAACGAGCGCCUUCGGAGAGCCAGGGAGCCGCGGCCGGACGGCGACAUCGUGGACAACCGAACGAGGAGGGUGGAUGGACAUCGCCGUAAUUUAUCGCAUCUCGCUUUGUAGUUGUAACCUCAUCCCACCGCUUUCCGAGCUACGCCUCCGUUUGCCUCUUCGUUUCUGUUUCUCGGGUUUACCACUGGUCUGUGCUUUACAACGCAGGUUUCUCCACGAUCCUUAACGACCUUCACCGAUCCCCUUGACUCCGAUUCACCAACUAUUAUCGCUCGUCGUUAUGAACAGCAUCCAACUGCUUUCUCUUCCCACGCGCAUUCCAUCUCUACUCGGGUGUAUCUCUUCUAAUUAUGAUUUGUAUCUGCUUAGACGCUCUC